AUGUCGAAGAUUCUGUUCGUUCUCUGCCUUAUUGCAAUCCUUGCUACGUUUGUUGUAGCGGAGCUUACGGCCGCCGAUGAAGACAACACACUCUCUGAGACUGAGUUCUUCCCACCUGCGAAUCGCGCGAAGCGCGGCGUCUGCAAGGCCGUGUUUAAGGCGCGAUGUUGCGGCAAACAUGCUUGCGAUCGGCAGGGAUGCUUCUUGACCAUGUGUGCGCUGUGCUGUUCU